UUUCCUUGUUUCUCAACCCCUCCCAUCUCUCUCUCUCUCUGUGUCUUUCUCCCUCUCUCCCUCCUGUCUAAACUGCACAUGGUUUCGGUGCAAGGUAUCAGUUUCUUCUGGCCAUGGAGGAGAAAGGCAGGAUGUUGAAAAGCUGCAGCCUGUAGUGAAGCCAACAUAGCAUGCAGCCUGGGAACGUUGGUGUGUUCGGUAGAUACUCAGUCUUUGCAUUUGCUAGUGGACUAACAGCCUGCCUCUCCUGUUCCUGUCAGCACCAGUAGUGAACUGUCUUGAGUGUCUGUGAGAGAGACAGAGUCCAUGGGCUUGAUGAGGAAGUCUUGUUCAAGUUGUAUAGAUAUAAGCCGGGCUGGAUAGCUGUUGUGGAAGCAACAAGACACCAAGACUAAGUGAAGAGGACAGUUUUCUUGGAAUCUGUUUACAUCCUGAUCUGAGGCAUCCUAAAGAAGUCACCAUGAAAGAUAGCUAUUGUGGAUACGAGAACCAGCUCUUUAAAGAGGAGGACCUUACUGGAGAGGAGGAGGAGAUGCCUUCCUUCAGAGGCAGGACCCGGGGUGGGUGUGUUAAGUGCCAACAGACCCGUUCCCUCCAGCUGGCUGUCAAGGUCCUCUAUGGCUUUUUUGCCUUCCUCAUCAUUGCUGUGGCAGUGCUGGCAUCACUGGUUUUCCGGAAAGUUGACAAUUUAUCGGAGGUGGAAUCACACUUUCACACGAAGAUUACCAAAGUUCAGGAGAGUAUUGAAGAUCUGAGCAGCACCAGUAAUUGUUCUGGCUGUCUGGAUUUGGCCCACUAUGGGCUGGAGGUGGCUCGACUCAAGAGAGAGUUUGAAGAGUUGCAGAAGAUAAUCUUGGGGCAGGAGCAGGUAUUGGACCAGGCAUCUCAGACCCAGCAGACCCUGAAGACAGCGAGUAACAGGAUGACUCGUGACAUGCAGAACUACUCCAUGUCAAUCAAACUCAUCAACCAAUCGCUUGAGAGGUACCUGGACCAGGUUGAUGGGUGGAAGGCGGUGAUCACAGAGACUGAUGAGAGCAUGAAGACGUUGUCCCAGGACCAGUACGACCUCAAGGCCACCGUCCAACAGGUCAACACCACGGUGGCCCUCAGCGCUCUGUGGAUGGACACCCUUCAGAGGAAGACGGAUGAGGAGACCCUAGUCCUCCAGAAGAUGACUGCCGACUGGCAGAACUACAGCCGGGUACUAAGCGGCCUCAAGUCCAACUCCAGCGCCACCACCCAGACAGUGAGGAGCAUCCAGAGCGGCAUCUCCGCCACCCACCAGCGCAUCAGCAUGAGCUCCGAGAUGGUCCACGACCUCACCCUGCAGGUCAUGAACCUCCAGAUGCAGCUGGACAACCUUACCUCCUUCAUGGAUGAACACGAGGAGAACAUGCAUGACCUCCACUACCACUCCAGAUACUACGAGAACCGCACAGGAGAGCGCUUCACCACGUUGGAUGCCAGAAUGAUCUCCAUUGAGAUGGAGAUCGACACCAUCUCCUCCAGCAUCAACGCCACGGUCAGCCACGUCCAGAGCAUGUACAAGUACAUCAACAUGGAGAGCUCCUCCUGCCAAGCUCGGCUCUCCAGCCACACCGAGGACCUGCAGAACCUCAACCGCACCGUGGACCUGCUGCUGCACAUGGCUGACGUUUUGAGGCAAGAGGACCUGAUGCUCAGGGUGAGGUUGGACCUGGACGUUCGGAACCUGUCCAUGGUGAUGGAGGAGAUGAAGCUGGUGGAUUCACACCAUGGCCAGCUGAUACAAAACUUCACCAUAGUGAAAGGAAUUCCUGGUCCUCCCGGUCCGAAAGGUAACAGAGGGGAGACAGGGGCCAAGGGUCCUGUCGGCCUGACUGGUAAUAAGGGGGACAGGGGCCUAGGAGGGAACCGUGGCCCGCUGGGUGAGAAAGGCAUCAUUGGAUCCAAGGGAGCACAGGGUGAGGUGGGGCCUACUGGGGCCAAGGGUGCGGUGGGCAUUAAAGGAGCUAAAGGUGCCUUGGGUCCACCUGGCCCCCGCGGGGAAAUUGGACAGAAGGGUGACAUGGGAGCCAUGGGCAAAGACGGGAGUUCAGGACCCAAGGGACCUGCAGGGAUCCAGGGCCAGUCUGGUCUGCCAGGGGUCCACGGCAUGCCAGGACCCAGAGGGAAGCCUGGGCCUGUUGGGCCCCCAGGUCCCCCGGGAACCCCUGGACCUCCAGGACUACCUGUCCAUGCGUCCCCCACAGUGUCCUGAGGGAACAAGGACCUUGCUACCGACCUUGCUUGGACACGCAACAGAUGUACAGUUUGGUACCUUCGAAGGUACACUUUGCUUUGCCUUACCCUGGUACCAACUUCUUUCUUUUGGCUUGGCAUACCUUUGAUACCUAUACGCACUUGUGUGGGACUGGCCUUCCUGGGUGAAGAUGAUGAACUGGCAGACAAGGGAUUUCAAGAACUGACACAGUUCGAAAAGAAACAAAAGAAAGAAUGGAUUUGCCAUGAGUUCAUACCUAAUUUCUCUUGUGACUCAGUCCAGUUAUUUCUUCACACAAGUAAGAAACCAUUAAAUCUCAUCUGAGAGUUUAAAAGACUGCUUUUAGACUGAUGGACAAAGGCUAAGUCUCGUUAUUACAUAUAAUUGAAUGUAUUAUACAAGAGGAAUGGUUGAAAUGGACGGAUGGUUGGAUUCAGACAUUCGAAGAACUUCCAAAUCCAAGUGAGAGCGAUGUACAGUCUAGGUUUACAUGACCAUGCACUUUCAUGGGGUCUCAGAAUGGGAACUAUUUUUUAACAAUCUAGUCACAUUUAUAUUUAGUUUGUGCAGCAUUCACUCAUUAAUUUCCAUUCUCUUUAUGAUAGCACUUUACCAGUUUUAUAAAGUGUAGAAUUUAUGAAGGAAGCAGUUUUAAGUGUUAGUGUUUUACAUGUGUAACGUUUCAGAGCAGGCACUCUGAAUACUGAUCUCAAAGUUUCAAGCUGCUGUGGUGUAGUUAUGGCUCUGUUUUGUGUGGAUGAAUGGUAUUACAGACUUUAAACUGAUGCGCUUUAACGAGGCACAUGAAUAAACAUUUAGUUAGUCAUCAGCUUAAAUUGUAUUUCACUGGCGUACAUAUCACAGAUCACAUAUUUGUUUUAGUCAGCAUUUUACAAUCUUGAAUUGAAAUGGUUUAGAGGUUGUUUUUUUACAUUGUAUAUAAUUGUACUUACAGUUUAAUGUGUUUGUUUAUAGCUUUGAUCGAACCGUUGUACCAGUCAGUCUAACAACUAUGAAAAGAUCAAAUAUUAGAUUGUUAAAUCCAUAUUAAUCUAUGCCCAUAAUCCUAUGUUUUGCUUAUUUCUAACAGCAACUAAAACAUCUUGAAAAGCGAAUGGACACUUCUUUUGCUAACCUUUAUGUAUGUAUAAAAAAAUGCGACUGGUUUGCAUCAGUGUUAAAUAAAUGCCUUCAUUGUA